CUUCCACUCGUGUUUCUAUAACUCAAUAGAAACACGGUACAUGUUUUCUAUUUCUUAAAUAUCAUACACGGAGGAUCCAUCGUUUGGAAACUUUUAGAACCAUCCGCUGUCAGCGCCAGAGAUUAUGCUAAAAGGGCAAAAAGUCUCCCGCCCUCAGAAACUUGAACUUUAGUGAAGAGUCUCCGUAAAUGAGUCCCCAGAUUGACAGUGAUUUCGUCUUUUAUUGAUUUUAUUCACAUCUUUUUGCAUUUUUCAACUUUUUAAUAUGCUAUUAACUACAUUUUUUUCGCACGGCCCCAUAAGCUAUAUUAGAUUUAAAACCCACCUUGUUUAAAUAAAAGAUGUAUUGUAUUGCUACAAGAUAAAUUCACUUUUUAAUAGGUGUUGUCCUCGGGGUCGCGAUCGUCAUUGCUUAUAUAAGUGUUUAACGUCUAAACACUCACUUCAUUAAAACGUGCUGUUAUGAACACGCUAUCAGAGCAAUCCAAAAAAUUUGCAUGACUUGGAUGUAACAGGUGUCGUAAACAAAUGCAUGCCUUUCUUCAACACCUGAUGCCUCAGAAACAGAUUCAUACGGAGAGGAAAGCUAGGAUCUGUUUGCUUACGAUCCGUUUUUUUAAAAAUAUUUUUACAGCAUUGAAAAUUGAAGUUAUCGAAAGCGAGCUAUUUUCUCAUCAUGUAUGGCAAAUUAUGAAAAUCCACUUUACUUGCAAUAAUUAGAUUGGCAGGUGUCAAAAAAUUUCACCAUUUUUAUUCACUUAACACACAUUAGAUUGGCAGUUUUUAAAGCUGAAUCAAGGGAACUCUCUCAUUUUAAUUUGUUUACAGUUGAGCAAUCAUACUGCUUUGACAAGUGACGAACAAACCAAUUGUAGGGACUGAUUAUUCAAUCUAAACUGCGUUUAAUUUACUUUAUAUCCUAAAAAACUGAGCAUUUCAGCCUUCUCACUGGCGACGCUGCUACACCAUAGUUUCUUUGAAACUAGCUGCCUUGAUCCGCUUGCAACAAUACGAAUUCCCAUUUUACACUGAGAUAACGCGUUGACGUCGUACAUCAUGAAUGGAAAACUGUUGUUGGUUUUACGGCUGUGCUUCAUGCUAAGCAAUGAUGAAGCAACGGGCUCCGCCCUCAAGAAGAAAAGAUACGCUGAACCAAGGCAAACAACCAUUUGUGAAGGGAACAGAAACACCAUCAAUUGCCAUGAAAAGCAAAUCAGCGUGGUAGAGGCUUCCUAUGGCAGACAUGACCGCAGUACCUGCUCUCAUUCGGCAAUUUACACAACCAGUUGUCAUGCCGGCAAUUCCCUUAGUAUUGUGCGCAGCAAAUGCAACUACAGGAGCAGCUGUACCUUGGAAGCAAGCAACUCAGUAUUUGGUGAUCCCUGUCAUGGAACAUACAAAUAUCUGAGGGUCACGUACAAGUGCACUGAUCAGGAUUCUUUAACCAUUUGUGAAGGGGACAGAAACACCAUCAAUUGCCAUGGAAAGCGAAUCAGUGUGGUAGACGCUUCCUAUGGCAGACAUGACCGCAGCACCUGCUCUCAUUCGGAAAUUUACACAACCAGUUGUCAUGCAAAAAAAGACCCUUUAUUUCCCUAUCAAGUUGCGUUUGAAGGAAAUCUCACUUUGAUGCGCACGUAUCUGUCCACGUACCAAUGA